CUCAUCACUAUCUUGAGAAACCUUAGCGUACGCCGUGGUGCGUACGGUACCCUUUCCCUUUUGGAAAAGAUGAUGGUUUCUUUGUUUCUCGCGCUGUUUCUACCGUGCGCCGGGAUGAGUGUGGUGUUCCUUGUGUAUAUGUGUUUGCUAUGGUACGCCGCACGUCACCUACCGGAAAUGACUUCUCCGGUGAAACCCACCGCCGGAAAUGGUCUUUCCGCGGCGGAGCUCGAGAAACUUCCGAGAACCACCGGAAAAGAACUCGGGUUGGGAACUGAAUGUUCGGUGUGUUUGGAGGAUAUCGAGGAGGAACAACCGGCGAGGGUGGUUCCGGGAUGUAACCAUGGGUUUCAUCUACAAUGCGCCGAUACUUGGCUCUCAAAAAAUCCGGUCUGUCCUGUUUGCCGGAAUAAACUUGAACCGGAGUUCUUUCAUCCUUCUGAAACUAAUCCCUGCUGAAUUUUUUUGAUGAAUGCCUCCAUCAAUCAUCACCCUUCGAAAUCUUUUUGAACAGUAAUUAUGAUUUCUGCCUUUUUUUUUAGUUUCUGAUAGCAUUCAAGAUUGUACAUGAUAUAAAAUAUGGAUGAAAUUGCUGUCAAUCUAUGGUUUCUUGAUCGUC